AUGGCGCAGCGCGAUGCAGCGUUGGCGAGUCGUGCAGAGCGGCUCAACAAGCUGCGCAACAAGAUGAGCGAGUCUGCAUCGGCGAAUCGGAGUGAUGUAGUGGCGGAGCAGAGCACACGUCGCGAGAAAGCCCAAAAGCGCUCGACUGCUUACGCACGCAAACUUGCGAAAGCGGAGCGCGUCCUCGAGGAGCGCGACAUGCAGGAGGCAGGCGAAGACGUGGAGCGGAACCGCGCAAUGCAAUACUCUAUCGAAGAGAACGAGGUUUGGGAAAAGAAGCUCGCAGGGAAAGAGGAGAGGCGCGAUAAAGGCGCUCUCGAUUUCCAGGACCUGGCGGAGCGCGCCUACCAGCGACAAAUCAAGCUGUUAAAGCCAGACAUUCAAGCGUACGCAAAAGAGGAAGAGGCGGAGCAUGAACGGCCUGCAGCGUCGUUCGUCACGCAGCGCGACUUGGUGCCUGCGAGCGAGGCACAAGUUCCUGCUGCUGUCGCUACGUAUGGCAAGCACGCACCGGAUAUGGCUGCCGUUGAUCGGCUCGUCUCGCAUUUGAAUCAUGAGCAGGACCAGAUCCGGCGCAGAAGUCGGCGGCGCGAUGACGACACCGAUACAAACGUCACGUAUAUCAACGAGAAGAAUAAGCACUUUAACAAGAAGAUCAAGCGCUACUUUGACGAGUACACCCAAGAGAUUCGCGAUAAUCUGGAACGCGGUACUGCUAUACAUAUAGACGCACUUUGCCUGCUGCUUGGCCGCACCGACACUGCCCGCAAACGUCCGCCAGGUGGAGGCCAAGGUGGAGGCGCGUCGCUGCUUGCUACAAUGGUUCGCGCCGCAGCGAACAUUGCCGCGCGGCGCGCCGAGCCCCAAAUUGUGCUCGAUCUCGGGAGCAGGGUUUGCCGCGCGGGGUUCAGCGGCGAUGCUUUUCCCCGCGCGUUCCUCGACGCGCGCGAACUCGGCGCAAAGGCGCUCGGGCGCGAGAUUGAAGCACUGUGGACCUUGGACUGGAUGCAAGCCGCGCAUGACAGGACACUGCAGGAGCGGCACCGCGAUUUGCGGCUCUGCCUUGAAUAUCUGUUUGCCGAUGCACAAGCGACGCGCGUGCUUGUCGCACAUUCCCCACUGCUUAUGGAGGCUGUGCGCCAACUUUUCUGCGACGUGCUCAUCGGCAACCUCGGCGCACCACGCGUGUCGUUUAUUGAUACCCAUACGCUAGCACUACUUGCGACAGGCCGCAUGACUGGGCUGGUCGUGGACUGCGGGUACUGGGAGACGGUUGUACUGCCCAUCUAUGCCGGACGGCCUCUUUUUGAGUGUAUUGCUACCACGCCGCGCGCCGCGCACCGCUUAGCGACAUGCACGGCGGCGCUGCUUGGACAGGAAAUGCCUGCUGCGCUGCUCGAGAGGUGCGUCACCGAGUCGCUUGUUGUGAGUGCGAUGCCGACUUCGCAGUUUGCAAGUACGCUGCCCUUGGAUACCGAAGCAUUUGCUGCCGCGUACAAAGCACAGGCAUCUGCGCCAGACUUUGCCCUGCGCACAAAAACCGGCACAUUGCACGUUCCCGGCUGGAUCCGCGAACGCGCAGCAGAGGUGCUUUUCGACGCAGGCGACGAGGACGAGACGAAUGUCGUCGCAUGUACGCUACAGAGCAUAGCGCGCCUUCCUUUGGAUACGCGCCGCGAAAUCCUCGAUGCUUAA